AUGAUGUCGACCGAUUCUGUUCACCACGCCUUCCGAGGCCUCAAUCUCUCGGACCCUCAGCAGGAUCCUAGAAAGCAGCAGCAGCAGUCCUAUACCUCUCCAUCACGCCACAGUGGUUCCGCAUCGCUUCGUUCGCCCACCAUCCUCACCACAGACCUGCCUGGCCAGCCAGGCUACAACAGCUCCAGCGUCGGCGCCUCUCAUCCCGCCAACUCUCACUCCUCCGGCUCCGUUGGCCAAAGCGCUGCUGCCCGCUUCGAACGCUUCUUCCCCUCUUCCCCCAACCCCAGCUCCAAUCCUUCUUCCGCCGGUCAGACUUUCACCAGCUCCAUCGGCUCCGCUGCCGGCCUCGCUGCUAACGGCGCCUUUGGUAGCUUUGGUCACGGCGGCGCUAUGGGCAGCAUGGGCAGCUCCGGCAUUGGCUCCGGCCACUUCGGCUCAAGCAGCAACGGCGUACGCAAGACGUCCAGCCGUGCUGCCAUCCCAGCUCAGUGGAGUGCACAGGAUCCUUCCUCGCUCGCUCAUCCAACGGGAGCUUCGCCGCCCAAAGGUAUGGGCUCGCUCCCCUCUUAUCAGGAUCCAACAAUGCAAUCCGGCUUUCUCGCCGCCGACGACGAUGUCAUCCCGACCGCCAUCGUCGUCAAAAAUAUCCCUUUCAGCGUCAAGAGGGAGCAGCUCCUCCAGAUCAUCGAAGAUCUCGGCAUCCCCAUGCCUUACGCAUUUAAUUAUCACAUGGAUCAGGGCGUCUUCCGCGGCCUCGCAUUCGCCAACUUUCGUAGCUCCGAGGAGGCAGACGCCGUCGUGGCUGCUCUCAAUGGAUUCGACGUCAGCGGGCGCAAGCUUCGCGUCGAGUACAAAAAGGUGCUUCAGGCAGGCGAGAAGGAAAGGAUCGAAAAAGAGAAAGCUAUCAAGCGGAUGCAGAGCAUGCAGCUCGAGAAGGAGCGUCGUCGACAGAACGACGAAUACGCCAACAACGCUUACCUCAUGCCCGGCUACAAUGCUAGCAAUGGGGAUGCGAACCUGGCCGAUCCCGCCUCCGCUUUUCAGCAUGGCGGCUACGACGCAGGAGUUCUCGCUCCACUAACCGCCGAUUCGCUCAGAAAGGUGCCUUCGUCUCAACGUCUGGCAGCCGCCGUCGAGCGACCCACUGGUCCCUCGUCCUCGACAAGCAAUCCUGGUGCAGGUGCUACUAGCCACGCCGGCGCUGCCAGCGCAGGAGGCAAGAAAGAGGAGCUCGAUCUCAACGAUGCCGCUACGCUCGAGAUCUACUCUCGUGUUCUCCUCUUCAAAGAUGAUCGCAUGCGUGACGAGCUUUCCUUCUCGCGCAGUCUGACGCCGCUCGAGCGUCGAACAGUGCACCUUGUGGCUCAGAGGCUCGGUCUCUUCCACUACUCGAUGGGCGAGGGCGAAGAGCGAUACGUCAUUGUCACAAAGAACGACGUUCAGGGUCAAGCCCGCCCGCUACGAAGCCAGGCGUCCACCAUUGGGCGCGCGCAACGCUCCACGGGCAUCGACGCUGCUGCCACGGGCGGCUUCUUGGGUCCCGGCAGUGCCGCCACCACCGGUAGGGCAGGUCUCCGUCUCAAAAAGUCGGCCCCUGACAUGAAGCGUGACCGCGAUGGCUCGACCGGCUACAGUUCCGGCAACGGCUACCUUCACUCGAACAACGGGAUCGGUAGCAACCUCGCCGCGCGCAAGUCGAACUCGAACCUGCGCGAUGGCUACUCGUCUACGAUGGGACGUAGAACACAGCCCAAUGCGGGAGGAGCGGCAGGCCUCCAGAACCUCUUCGCAUCGCCGUUGGACGCACCGCCGCUUCCGUCGCACGAGUCGGGCGGCAAUGCAGCCUCCUCGGCUUCGAACCUGCUGCGUCAGCCUCGUGGACCACCGGCGCCCGGCUCAGCGUCGGAUCAACGCAACUUCGCCGUCCGCUCGCGCAUCCCCACCACAAGCACCGGUAGCAGCUCCACCAUGUCUCCCCCACCUCACGCUGGUUUCCAAUUGCACGUCAACGGAAGUCCGUCUAGGUAUCAGUCGGAACAGGCGACUACGCAGGAUGAGUUGGAGUUUUAG